CUGCCUGCCAGCCUCAGCAGCUCAACAGGCAACAAAGGAAGAGGCCGUGAGCUCCUCAAGUGUGCUAACCUAUUGUCACUCACAAAGGUGUCAACUUAUUCGGGAGUGUGUCGGACUAGCUUCACCUUUUAAACAAGUACCGACCCUGAAGAUGUAAACGCGGACGCUUUCCCUGUUCCCUCGAAGGCAGAACAACGGCAAGGUGGUGUAAGUGGAACUUGACCCCUCCAGGCAAGUCUAGUCACCAUUUUCCUGCUCAUAAUGGGUUUAGGUGCUCCACUGUAUGCAUGACUUUUGUGCGACCUGAUGGGAGGAUACUGUGGAUAGUACUUUCAUCAGGGAACAAGGAGAAACAUCUCAUGCCCCCGCUUUGGAGGAGGGCGCCAUCAGAAUGAAGAAGAUAAGCCUUAAGACCAUUCGGAAGUCCCUGAGCAUAAAGGGCAAAGAGGAGGGCGACUUUGUCAUGCUCCAACAGCCCGCAGUGACCACAGACUUCUCUAAGGACGAGUCACUUUUUGGUGGCUGCUACACCAAAGACUUAUCGGUUUCCAAGCUGGGUGGCGAGGAGGACAAAUGUGUCCAGAGUAAAAACCGCUCAAAGAGCGAGACCCUGAUGGGAUCACUGAAGAGAAGGUUAUCUGCAAAACAGAAAGUAAAGGGCAAAGCUGGGUCCUCCAACACAGGGUCAGCGGACGAUGAGGACACCUUCUCCUCCUCAUCUGUGCCCAUUAGCUUCAACGAGGUGAAAGCCCAGAGACCGCUGAGAUCUGCAUCGUUAAGGAGUCACCACUACAGCCCCUCACCAUGGCCUCUUCGGCCAGUCAACUCUGAUGACGGCUGUAUUAAGAUGGAGGUCAAAGUUAAAGCCAUGGUUCACUCUCCAAGCCCUAGCCCCAACUUAAAUGGACUCCGAAAGGAAUUCAGCAAUUUUCAGAUGGAUGCGCUCUUUCAGGACCAAGCCGAAUCCUUGAAACAGUCCCAAAAUGGUGAGCUGCAUUUAAAUAUUGAUAAUGACGUGCCUGUGGUGAUGGGGUUGACGCCCCAAGACUACAUCCAGUACACACUGCCUUUAGAUGAGGGAAUGUACCCAGAAGGGUCUCACUCCUUCUGUCUGGACAGCUCCUCUCCUAUGGAGAUGGUGGCUGAGGCAGAAAUUGGGUCCCCUCUGGUGGACCAGGGACACGAGGAACAUGAAAUGGUGGGCUCUUUGCCUCCAGAUCUUUUUAUGGAAACCUCAGUUAAUAGUCUUCUUAUCGGUUCUGCUCGCUUAAUGCUCCAAAGCUCAAGAGGAGAGGUCCCGCCUCCUCUCUCUCCCCUUUUGCCUCCCAUGACCAGUAAUGGGCAUAUCCCCAGGACUUUUUCAGGCUUCAGCUCUUCAGACAGUCAAGUUGCUGAGAGAGUUAGACAGCACCUCAACUUUGACCCGAAUUCAGCUCCUGGGGUCAGCCGAGUGUACGAUUCUGUCCAAAGCAGCGGGCCCAUGGUGGUGACCAGCCUGACAGAGGAGCUGAAGAAGUUAGCGAGGCAGGGCUGGUACUGGGGCCCUAUCACACGCUGGGAGGCAGAGGAAAAACUAAUAAAUUUAGCCGAUGGCUCGUUUUUGGUCAGAGACAGUUCGGACGACAGGUACUUGCUCAGCCUGAGUUUCAGGUCCCAGGGCAAAACGCUUCACACCCGCAUCGAACACUCUAAUGGACGCUUUAGCUUUUAUGAGCAGCCGGACGUGGAGGGACACACGUCUAUUGUGGACCUAAUUGAACAUUCUAUAAAAGACUCUGAGAAUGGUGCUUUUUGUUACUCAAGGUCUCGCUUACCAGGGUCUGCAACCUACCCUGUCAGACUAACUAACCCUGUAUCUCGUUUUAUGCAAGUGCGCUCCCUUCAGUACCUUUGUCGCUUUGUCAUUAGACAAUACACAAGGAUAGACUUGAUUCAGAAACUGCCCUUACCCAACAAGAUGAAAGAUUACCUGCAGGAGAAGCACUACUGAGGGCACACAGAAGUUCUGGCAGUUUUGCACUUUUGUGUUCAGUUAAGCGUCCACAAGGUUUACAGACAAGUAACAAUUUGAGAUAAUUGGUUCUACAUGGAGGCUCUGGUCUAGAGGUCAACACAACACAACACAAACCAUCACAAGUUGCCCAAUGAAGCGCUGACGUUAGCCAUCUAUUACAUGGGAGUAUUAGGAGAGAAAACAAUCAUUUUCACGAUUAUAGAUUGAAGUAUAGGUUGUAUUCACCUGGUGUUGCGUCCGGCUCAUUAACUAUGCGAGGCUCAAAGUGGUGGGUCAGCAAGCGUCUGUUGUCAUAGCAUUCUGGGUAGCAUUUUGCCUUUCUCGAAGAAUAAUGCCCUAAACUUGUUAUUUUCGGCUGUUGGAACUACAUAAAUCGUGAAAAGAAUAAAAAUGUCUUCAGAUUUAUUGAGAGGUAAUCAAGAAGGGCGAAAUAUGUCAAGAUUUUACGAUGAGAAAAGUGGCAUGCAAUACAGUCCUGAGGGAGAAGAGACAAGAAACACACAAGUUUGCAGUAAUCACUUUGUAAAGGUUUGUUUGAUAUACUUUAACGUUUAGUAUUUCCCAUUUAAUUAUCCUCUUGAUAUUAUUUAUAUUUUAUCUUAUUUUAGAGUUUUAAAAGCGCAUUUUUGCUACAAUUGUUUCGUAAACCAACUCGAUGAGUCUAAAUAAGAGAGAAAUCAAAUGUGAGCAAAACCUAAAAUUGUUAAGCUUUUAACAAAAGCAGCAUUGUAAAUCAAGCUUUCAGCACAUACACAACAUUGAGAUCUAUAGUUUAAGUUUGACAAAGAUGGUGGAAAAUACACAUGUAAUGGCGCAACAAAAUUAAGGCAAAAGACAUGGCUGUAAACGCGACGUUAAAUCAUGAAAUGCAACGUUACCCGAGCAAAAACAAUGCGUGUUUUAGCCAGGUUACUCUUCAUAACGAUUUCCUUGACUGAGCCACACACAGAGAAGUUGCAGAUAUCUUUGCUUUUUGAAAAUGUCAUGUUUUGUUGUGUAGAAUGACAUGUUUGUGAACGUGAAGGCUAAUCCUUGAUAUCACUCGACAAAGAUUUCAUUGCAUAGUUUGCACUGUUUGGUUGUCUCAGCUUUUAUUGGUAGGAUCAAGACCACUUGCGUACUUCGAUAGUUUUCGCACUGUUUGCAUGUGUUUGGCAAAGUAGCCAUGUUGAUUUUGUGGCCCACCACUUUGUUUACUUCUGUUUAAAAGUCACAUUACUGAAUGCAACCUAUAUCAUGAUUAAUUUGGUGAUUUAAGGACUUUACCAUUGAACUAAAACAUCACUUAUUGCACAACUCCCUUGAGAAUGACCAAUUGUGAACAUAAUUUAUUGGACUGUCAAAAGAGAGCAUGUUCAGUUGUUUAUGUUACUCUGUAUUUGUUUAGUCAAACAGAUUAUUGGCAAAUUGCUGUAUGUAUUUCCAUCAAGAUUUAAUCUGCUCAACACUGUCACGCUACAGAUGACACGCUACAAAUUAGUGCUUCAGUAUGGUCAACUGGUAAAUGCUUUGUUUUUCAGGUAGAACCAGAGAAAGCACACAGAUGUAUAAGGAAAGACAAAAUCAAACAGCACUGAAACAUGAACGUCAUGCUCUGUCACAAGUGGGACACGUCCAAGUCGUCAUAGUGGUCGUUGGUCCGGAAUUUAACCGACAAAGGCUUUAAAUUAGUAUCUGGCUGUGGAAGCCAUUCUAUAUUAUGCAAGUCAAACGGUACUGAUGAUGCUGGAUUUUUUGUUGUUGUUUUUGGAAAUAACCAUGUGUUCAUGCUUUGAGCUACAAUUCAGUGGGAGAUACUUUGCUUGCUUGGUAAUCGCAAAAUAAUGUUCUGAAAAAAAAUUAAACAAUACGAAUGCAACUAUAUGCUAAAGUAGUUUUUCUACUUUCACCCCCAUUUAUAAUGUCCACAUUUUGUCUUCUGGACUCAAAGACAAUAAAUUGAUGCCUUAGAUGUUAGUCUUUAAUUGGUACACAUAAAAAAUGAGUACAAUAGGUCAUUUUUUAAGUAUUAAAAAAAAAGGGAAUAUCUUAAAAACUAAACAGCAGGUAGAGUUGUUGCACUUUUUAUGAGUCUUAUUUGUAUGUUUUAAAGGCUACAAUGGUCAACCUUAGUAAGAAAAGAUGUCACAGUAGAAGGUUAAACAUUUUACUUUGUAAGGUAAACCACAACUUGACCCGAAUCUGUAUGGAAGUAUUUUAGUCUCUAAUGCAGGCACUGCCCUGGACCCUGAUCAAAUGAAUCCCUCGAAAUAGUUUGAGCCUUGUGCGAAAGGAUUUGGUAAAGCCAGGGUUGGCUUGAUGUCAAGGUCCCAGCUUAUGUCAAUUCCACUACAGCUGCUUAGCAUCAUUAGCACGAUAAAAGAAUAACGUUUCACGUUAGCCUGUAAUUUCUUCAGAGCGGGGGUCUCACUUGUGGUUAAUAUAUAUAUUACACUACAAUCACACAUGGGGGAUCUUCUACUAUGGUGAAUCCUAAACAGCUGUGCUAACUCUUAACAAGUAAGUUUAGCCACCUCUAAACACUCUUAGCAUGCUUUGUGGCGCCUUUUUACAGAGAGUUGCUCAAAGUACAUGUUGAGUUAACAUAGAGUAGGAUUUAUCUACAUGUUGCAUUGUGAUAGUUAUGUUUUCCUCUUCUGACUAUGUUGAGUAAUUAUCUCCUGCUGUUCCUUAGUGGCUACUGUUGGCCCAAUCAAAGAGCAACUUAAAGGAAGCUGAAGUGUCUGACCAUCCUCUAGCAAUUUCAACAGUAUCAAAAUAUGAAUUUUACUCAAGGUCUCCAGUAGCUCAGGGUCACUAGCUGCUGGUAGAAGUAGUUGAAAAAUGUAGUCAUGUGGCUAAAAUGUGAUUCUGAAGUGAAUACAGUACUUUAUGCGCCCCAACCUCUCACCCAGACCUUACCUCCAGCAGCCCCCAGGGUAAAUUGAGUUUGAGACCCCUGCUCUUUAGUAAACGGAAAAGCACAUACUUCACUACACAAGUGCUUUAUAUGGAUACAUUGAUAGGAAUUGUUUUUCACAAUAUUUAUGCGCAUCUCUUUUGACACGAGUGUCCUUAAAAGUACUUGGAGACAGACCCUCAGAUCAGUUUGGUAGGCUGUUUGUGCAUAUUCCUAGUUAGUUGAAAACGUUGGUAUCUGAGGACCAGGAGUUGAAUGGGGUUGCACGUUAAAAAGCCUUUCCAAGGUUUGAGUUGUAUAGCAAUUAGGGAUGUAACAAUAAGUAAAUGUAUUUUCAUGUUUAUUGGGGCUUAAAUUAUCACAGUUAUCAUUAUCACAGUAUUCUUGAAUGUGCUCAAAAAAUAGUAAUAUACACAUAAAAUAUUUAGAUUUUUUUAAAUGGCUAAAAGAAAAAGACCCACUGUUAGAAAGCCCACAAUUUGUAAUGUUAUUGUUUCUUAUAUUUCACUGAUAACUGUUUUAGUGGGCGUUUUCGUGUCCUAUUCUGGUUACUGGACCUUGAACGCAACGUAAAAACAUCUCAAUGUCAUAUUCCUUUUGAGUAAAUUCCAAUCACUCGAAGAGCACAGCUUUUAGCCUUAAAGUGCACAAUUGAAUAGCUUAGUUGCUCAGACAGUUUUGUGUUUUUACAAAUUUAGAUUGGAGUAUGUAAUAUUUUAAUCAGGAACGACAUAAAUGUCGCUAAUUCAUGUUAGCUUUAAAGCUAGUGCCAGUUCGUCUGUACGUUUAUCAAAGUGCGGCUAUCAAAAUUUAAAGCGAUAAUACUAACCGUUGAGAGUUUUACCACAGUUAGCAAUAAUACUGUUUAUUGUUACAUCCCUAAUAGCAAUGAAAUAUUGUAAUGCUAAACUAGACUGCAGAUGUUUUCUUUCUGUUAAACAAGAGUUUGACUUUCUGCGCGAACGACUUUUUUGGAAUCUUUUUGAUUUUUAAUUACUUUUGCCAUCUUGGGGGAUUGAGGCUACAUGAAAAUAAUGAAAUAGAAGUAGAAAAACCAACUACAUUUGAAGAAAUAAUUUUUUUUGCACUUGGAUACUCUUUUUUUAUACAUCCUGCCGAUAACGGUCCGUCCGCAUAAUAGCCGUUUUUCUUGUUACCAUCGAUGCUAACUAUUUUGUUUGGUGUCGUAUGUUUCUGACAUAGAGGGCGAUAAACCAGCAUCCUGUCCAGGAAGGAGCACAUGAAUGUGGAUGUGAUUGAAAUGUGAAUUCAAGAUGUUUUUUGUUGUUGUUUUUUUUUUAUCAAUGUUUUGUUUUUUUUAAUGUUAUGAUUUGCAAUUCAUUGUUUAUUCAUUGUAAAGCAUUAACGACUUCGAUGUCCAAUUCCACGAUGCUUGAUCUGGCCGCUGACACGUUUUGAAUUAGCCGUUACACGCUAAAGCAUCACUGCUUUCCCAUGCAUCUCAAUGAAGGGUAUUGUUUACAACAAUAUAUUUUGGAAAUGCCUGUCUUUUUCUUGUUUUGUUGACCUCUCACAUGAAUAUAUAUUGGUACAAGACUUUGUCCAUGUGUUUUACACAUUUGUGCUGCUUACAGAAAUGAUUGCCUUUCUUGUAUUUAACAAAAUGGAAACUCGAAUGGCGCCAAUGUUAGUGUAUGUACACACGAUGACUCGUGUUGUCUUUGGAGAGCAACACAAAUUGGCAAUUUAACUAUAGUUCAGUUCAAAAUAGCAUUAGGAGUGAUUAGGACACACACUAGUUCAAAGCAGUUAACAUUGGCUGUCAACUUUUGAAAGUAGAUGGCCUUUUGUAUUUUUUAUUUUUUUUAAUCAGCAGUGAUUUAUUGCACAUUUUGGAUACAGUUUUAAGAGUUUUGUAUCUGCCUAUUAUAAAUUAUAAAUAAAAAAAACUAUAUUCAAAAAAGUA